GCGGCGCCUAUGGGACGGGCCGCGGGAGGGCGAGGGAGUUGGCGUGAGCGGCGGCGGCGUUGGCGUUGGCCUCGGUCUCCUGGCAUCCCCGGGCUGGGGGUGCAGGGGCCCCCGACGCUGUUGACUCCUCGCCAUUGCAAAGCUGCGCAGCCCUGCGAGGUGGGCGCAGCGUCCUCACUUCCCGGGUGAGGAGACUUAGGCAGAGAGUCGAAGCCACUUGGCCAAGGUCACGCAGCUGGGUCUCCAUCACCCAACUCCAUGCUUCGAGUUCUGCUUUCUGCCCAGGCCUGCCCUGCUCGCCUGUCUGGCCUGCUGCUCAUCCCACCAGUACCUCCCUGCUGUUGGGGACCCAGCAAGUGGGGGGACCGGCUUGUUGGAGGAGGCCCCCAGGCAGGCCCUGUGCAAGGGCUGCAGCGCCUUCUGGAACAGGCGAAGAGCCCUGGGGAGCUGCUGCGCUGGCUGGGCCAGAACCCCACCAAGGUGCGCGCCCACCACUACCCUGUGGCGCUUCAUCGUCUGGGUCAGCUCUUGGGAUCUCAGCCACGGCCCCCUCCUGUGGAACAGGCCACACUACAAGACUUGAGUCAACUCAUCAUCCGAAACUGCCCUUCCUUUGACAUUCACACCAUCCACGUGUGUCUGCAUCUUGCAGUCCUACUUGGCUUCCCAUCAAACGGGCCCUUGGUGUGUGCCCUGGAGCAGGAACGGAGGUUCCGCCUCCCUUCAAAGCCUCCGCCCCCUCCGCAGCCUCUCCUCCGUGGUGGGCAAAGGCUGGAAGCUGCUCUGAGCUGCCCCCGUUUCCAGCGGCACCCACGGCAGCACCUGAUCAGCAGCCUGGCAGAGGCCAGGCCUGAGGAGCUGACUCCCCACGUGAUGGUGCUCCUGGCCCAGCACCUGGCCCGCCACCGGCUGCGGGAGCCUCAGCUUCUGGAAGCUAUCGCUCACUUCCUUGUGGUCCAGGAAGCCCAGCUCAGCAGCAAGGUGGUACAGAAGUUGGUCCUGCCCUUUGGGCGGCUGAACUACCUGCCCCUGGAACAGCAGUUUAUGCCCUGCCUGGAGAGGAUCCUGGCCCGGGAAGCGGGAAUGGCACCGCUAGCCACAGUCAACAUCUUGAUGUCCCUGUGCCAGCUGCAGUGCCUGCCCUUCCGAGCCCUGCACUUGGUCUUCUCCCCGGGCUUCAUCAACCACAUCAGUGGCACCCCACAUGCUUUGAUCGUGCGUCGCUACCUCUCCCUGCUCGACACGGCUGUGGAGCUGGAGCUCCCAGAUUACCGGGGUCCCCGCCUUCCCCGAAGACAGCAAGUGCCCGUCUUUCCCCACCCACUCCUCACCGACCGGGCCCGCUGCAAGUACAGUCACAAGGACAUGGUCGCUGAGGGGCUACGCCAGCUGCUGGGGGAGGAGAGAUACCGCCAGGACCUGACUGUGCCUCCAGGCUACUGCACGGGUGAGUCCUGUGGGUGGCGGGCAGCUCCGAGUGCAAGCCCCCACAGCCUGAGGCCCGGCCCUCUCCCUGCAGACUUCCUGCUGUGCGCCAGCAGCUCGGGUGCUGUGCUUCCUGUGAGGACCCAGGACCCCUUCCUGCCAUACCCUCCAAGGCCCGGCCCGCAGGGCCAGGCUGCCUCUGACCCCGCAACCCACGACCCUGCCCAGAGGGUGGUGCUGAUGCUGCGGGAACGCUGGCACUUCUGCCGUGACGGCAGGGUGCUGCUGGGCUCACGGGCCCUAAGGGAGCGCCAUCUGGGCCUGAUGGGCUACCAGCUGCUGCCGCUGCCCUUCGAGGAACUGGAGUCGCAGAGAGGCCUGCCGCAGCUCAAGAGCUACCUGAGGCAGAAGCUUCAGGCCUUGGGCCUCCGCUGGGGGCCUGAAGGGGGGUGAGGGGCGACGUGGGUUCAGGGUGGCCCCCCUAUGGGGGGUGGACAAUUUGCACUUUGCCUCCCGUGUCUGGGUUUUCAUUAAAGUCCCCUUCCUUUCCCA